AUGGCACCGCUGCGCCGCUUAUUAGUGGUGGUCCUGGUACUUGGCGUCUGGCUGCCUCAACCUGUGGUGCCCGCCGUGAGCAAGAAGGACCAUCAGACACACAUGUUGGACGGCUGUCGCGAUGCUCCCGUGUGGACGGCCUGCAUGCGAGCACAUUGUGACAUCUCUGAGAUUGAUAUGGACUACAAGCGCCCAUCGCUGGAGGCCCAGACUAAGCAAGCCCGUGAUCUUAUUGCCGGCGGCCGCAGCGUCCUCACUUUUGGCUACAAAUCAAACACACUCAAGACUUUUGACAGCAUUCUGAAGGCGAUUCGGCACGAGCCUGGGUUUCGCGGGGCCAUCAUCGUCUGUUCUGGACCUGCCCCUCAGCCUAACCUCGAGAAGUACUACGCUGAUAGCAAGGUGCUGUUCAUUUGGACCACGCACGCGGGGUUCGAUCCCCAUCCCAAGAUGCGACCCAUUCCCCUGGGCUUUAACUUUCAUACCCUCAUGCAGCAGUCCUACGAGGGUGAGAAGGCGGUGCACUGGAUCGACCAGUGGCAAGAGCUCAAUCGGGCGCUCAGUCAAGACGUCAAACCGCACAACUCCGUCUAUUCUUGUUUUCGCAACACCCACCCGUCGCGCUCUGAGGCAUCUCGUGCGUUGGCAACCUUCCCAGAAGGCACCGUGCGCCGCUGUCGUACCAACACGCCACGCCAUACCUUUUGGCAGGAGAGUCGCGAGAGCAUGUACGUCAUGUCGCCCCGCGGCAGCGGUCCCGAUGCUCACCGUACCUGGGAGGCCCUGUAUCUUGAGGUUCCUGUCGUCCUGCAGCGUACAGGCGCCAUCGAUACACUUUUUGAGGACAUGCCGACGUACAUGGUGGACAGCUGGUCGGGCCUUACAUUUGACAAGCUGACCGCUGCUCUUACAACCUUGCAGCAGCGAUCCUUUCACCGCGAUCGCUUUGCCUCGGGCUACUGGCUGGCCCUCAUCGAGGACCAGCAGCAGGCCUUUUUGAACGGCACCCUGGCCUUUCCCACGUAA